UUUGUGGGUUUAAUGGAUUGUUUUCUUUGAAAGUUCCGUUGAAUACAGUGUCGGUUUCUAGUCAUAACAGGGAAGAUUUAGAAGUCACAGAUUAGAAAAGUAUUGUUAAUUUAACGGUCGUUAUUUCAUUGGACGGUUUAUUAGAUUUUUAAAAAUGAUUGACGGAAAUCCAGGUUUUGCCAUUGAAAGGGAAAUUCAUUUGAAGAAAGUGAAGAGAGCUUUGGAUAACUGGAGAGAAGUUGCUCUACUUGUUAAUUCAUUGUUGUUAUGGAAAAAGAAAUUCUACCCCUGGUUGAUUGUUUCUGUCUCCUCUUUUAUAUUUGUGGAAAUUGCUUACUAUAAUCCAUCAUUUUUGACAUCCGUUGGUCUUAUUUUGAUGACAGCAACAUUAAUAGAUUAUGCUGGUCCUUCAGUGACUGCCAUGAUUUGGAAACAUGAAGAUUGGAGCGGUGCCAAAGAACGGGAAUUUGAAGACAUGUGCCGGGCUGUUGCCGGAUUUAUUGUUCAAUUAAAACAAAUAUGGAUUUCUGCUAUGGAGAUAAAAGUUUCUAGACCUUACUUGUACUUUGCUAUCACAAUUACUACAUCCUUCACUUUAGCAGUUAUUGGGAAUUCGGUGAAUAACAUUUUCAUUCUCUUCAUUUUGACUACUGCUAUCCUUCUACUUCCUGGUAUGAUUCACUUUGGUAUCUUACAGAGAUAUUAUGCUGCUGCUCUCUGUUAUCUUGCAAACUUACUCAGAUCAUUUAAUUCUUCAACUUGUAAGACCAAAGUGCAAUAGACAGAAUAUUUUUUAGUCUGAGGUGUACAUUAAGAAAUUAAGGAUAAUAAUGCUGUAUUUUCUCUUUAUUCGUUUAUUAUUUAUAAUUUUUAUGUGAUUUUUUUUUUGUAUAUUUGUUCAUGGUUCCUAAUUUUUUUUGUAUAUUGUGAAUUAAAUAUUUUUAAAGAUAUUUUUUAUUUGUGAAAAACUUCAUUUUAAAUAAUUAUGCCAUUAGUUGUAGUAUGCCUAUGAUGUUUAAUGUAAAGAUCCAUUACUCAUUAAGUUCAUUUAUUUCCUUGUUCCUAUAUGAUUAUAUAUAAAUUUUGCUCGCUUUCUUUUGUGUGUUGGUUUUGAAAAUAUUUUGAUCUCAUUUGCUGUGGCGAUAAUCAUUAAAUUAAUUAUAAUUAGGAAAUUGAAGAGAAAAAUGGUUGGAAUGAUCAGUAAAAAUAAAUAAAUAUAAUUUUUUUUUUUUGACUGGUCAACCCAACCAUUCUCUUCAAUUAUUCAUUAUAGUUAACCAUCAAUCCACAAUUAUAAUUAGAAAAACUUCUUGAGUUCAUCUAAAAUAUUAACAACUAAAACUUCUUUGAGCAAGAAAUGUGGUAGUUUUGUUAUGCUUUUUUAGAAAUUCUCAAUUUUUAUAUUUGAUUCUAGAAUUGAUAAAAAAUCAAAAGGAAAGCAAGAAACAAAAAAAUAAUUGUUGGUAAACUUAAAAUUAUUGUAUAGUUGUCAUACCUUUUUUAAAACUAUUGGUAGUAGAGCUAUGACUGUAUAAUACUGCUAAUGUGAUUCUUUAUGGAGUAGUAAUUUGCAGAUUUACAAAAUAAUCUGUGUAUCUUCAUAAAAUAAAUUAAUUCCAGUGACAAAAUCUUAUGUUUUAUGUAUAUAAUGGUGUAAUUCUUUAUAUAUUAUUCUGUAACUAAAUAAAUGAUUUCAA